AUGAGUGGAAAUGAACCUCAAUUUGAAGAGAUGGAACCAGUCUCUGGUACCUCUGUAGUUAGUUUAGUACCAGGUGGAGGAUGUAAGUUCACUUUGUUAAAUAAUAAUAAUAGUAAACCAUAUAGAAAUUUAGGUGGUCUACCAAUACAGGGUACAGAUGGUAAAUUCGUAACUAGACCAGGUGUUAUAAAUAGAUCUGCCUCACCAACCAAUGCAACAACAAGCGAUGAGUUUUGGUUAUUGGAAAUCCUAUCUAUAAAGACAUUGAUCGAUUUUAGAACUACAUGGGAGAAUAAAACUAUAUCACCUGUUAGAAAAUUCGAAGAUAAUUUUGUACAGUACUCUAUAAAGAAAGAAGACAGUCCGAGCAUGAGAAGAUCGCCAGAGAAAGAGAGAAGAUCGAGAACACCAGAGAAAGAAAGAAGAAGAUCCAACUCCUUUGAGAAAUCGACGUCGUCAUCAUCACCAGUGAAUCUCCGCGCCAGUUCCAACUUUGGAACUACCAGCAUGAGUGCAGUACCAAGCUCUUCAAGCACACUACAACCAGGAACCAACAACAACAUCAAUAACAAUACCAACGCAUCCACUCCACUGAGCAAGAGUACAAGCUCAGUAAAUACCUUAAACAACAAUGUUGCAAUGGAACAACAACAUCAACAACAACAACAACAGCAACAACAACAACAACAUGGAUUCAAUGGCGCAAGCAACAACUAUGGUGCACCUUCGAUUGUCGUGACACAGGAGCGUAGACCAGCUGAGAAGGACAUGGAGGAACAAAGAAACAACUUCCUUUGGAGAAUAUAUAAUAGAAACCUAUCUCCCGACGACAUGGUAAGGCUGAGAUCUCAUUCCUCUGGUGUAUAUAGAAAGAGAUAUUGUAUACCUCUCAUCAAUAACAAAUUCUUUUUAGAAGGUGUAUAUCAAACUGCCCCAAAUGAUACUAAAGUUAAAUGUACAGUUUCUAGAUACCUUUUGUUUAAUGAUAAGAUUGGUGCAUUCAUGUUGAUGAAUCAUCUUAAUGAUUUAGGUAUUUUGGAAAUGUAUAAAUUAACACUUUUAUAUACACAAGAAGAACUUUUGACUAUUUUGAGAAUUUUAAAGAAUAAAGAUAAUUAUCCAAUUAUGUACUUCUGCUCUCUUGGAAAAGAUAGAACUGGAAUGGUUACUUCGUUACUGCUAUCUUGUUUGGGUGUUCCAAGGGAUUUGAUCGUCGAGGACUAUUCGAAAUCCGAAGGUAAUCUCGUCGCCAGUAUGGAACAAAUCAAAAAGUAUUUCACACGAGUCGGAUUGUCAAAGGACGAGUUUGUAAGAUCGCCAAGAGAGAUUAUGGCUGGCUUGCUCGGCUGGGUCGACGAAACCUACGGUUCCAUUCAAAACUAUCUCGAAGUCAUUGGAUUCACUCACGAAGAACAACAAGAGUUGAAGAACAAUCUCAUCGUUUCACAAGAGGAAUACAACAAUAUCCUUAAUGGUUCUCGUUUGACCAACUUGCAAGGCGUACAAAAGAGACACGACGAAUAUGUUGCCGCAUCUCAAUCUUCAAAGAAAUCGCCAAAAAUCUUUUCUAGUCCAAGAUUCUGGAGAAGAUUAUCAUUCUCAAGAGAGAGUAGCAAUGCAUAA